AUGCGGUUCCACAUCCUCACUCUAUUUCCCCUAGCUGCUAGUGCAGUAAAUAUCAUAUCAUCUAAUGAUGAUGGCUGGGCGGAAGUGAACAUCCGCGCUCUAUUUGACUCUCUUGGAGCAGCCGGACACUCGGUUGUAGUGUCUGCGCCUGCUGAAAACCAGAGCGGUACCGGGUCAAAACAAAGAACCCCGACCGUAUUGACCGAGCCCUGUGAGUUCGAUAGCUGCCCAUCUGGCAGCCCGGCAGUGGGAUUCAACGCCUCGGAGCCUCGGCUUGGUUAUGUCAACAGCUACCCGGUGACAUCCAUGAAAUAUGGCAUAGACGUGCGCUCCCCGCAGUUCUUCAACAGUACCCCGGAUUUGGCUGUCGCAGGUCCCAAUGUCGGCAAUAAUAUCGGAUUCACCGUCUACAUCUCCGGCACAGCCGGUGCUGCUAACUACGCUGCUCACGCUGGAAUCCCCGCUAUCGCAUUCUCCGGUGCGACCGGGUCCCAGACUUCGUGGAAUGUCUCACGGCCUCACUACAGCGAUGUCUACGCCGAUUUGGCAACUAACUUAACAAACCAUGUGGUUGCCGCUGGCAAGCCAUAUCUACCGACUGAUGUUUGGCUGAAUGUCAAUUUCGGGGCUGUGUCGGACUCUAGAUGUACAAAUCCGGCAGAUUUCUCUUUUGUGCUAUCCCGCAUCCACAUCGCAUUCCCAUUCAUCACCCCCGAUGAUGUGACAACGUGCGGCAGGUCGAGAUUACCAACUGAAUUCGAAAUAUCGCUCAAGUCGGGGUGCUAUGCAAGUGUAUCGGUCGCAAUGGCGGGGACGAAAAAUGACGCCAACGCGACGAUACAGGCGGAUGUUUUGAGCGAACUGGGCAAUUUGCUGACAUGCCCCUGA